AUCUCCAUGCGUUCGCUCGAGGAGAGGACCCUUAAGUUCAGCUUGUAUGAUGUGGACAGACACAAGAAACAUAACGUCAUCGGUCACGUGCUCUAUCACCUUCGUGACCUUGAGUUAGCCAAAGACGGGAGAACAAUCUUUAAACGCGAUUUGGAGAAAGAAGUGAACGAGGUACAUUCCGUCGUCAAGGUGACGAUGAGUCAUCAGAACAAGCCAGUAAAGACGAAGAAGACAGGCGUCGUGAAGAGAAGCAGAGAUCCUGCUUACAACGAGUCGUUCUCGUUCAAACUGGAAGCAGACAAACUCAGUACGACGUCGAUAGCUGUCGUUGUCAUGAAGUAUGAGCCGCCGCCGAAAGCCGACAAGCUCAUUGGACGAGUGGUUCUCGGAUCGUACAUGUUCGCGCGGGGAAAAGAGCUCGAACAUUGGAACGAAAUGACAGCCAAUCAGAAGGAGCAGAUCCAGCAGUCGCACGCGCUCACCACCUGAUGACGUCAUCGGCGGCGUGACGAUGACGUCAUCGGGUGCCACGCGACGAUCGUAGUCAAGGGUUAUGAGCAGCGGUCUGCGAGGAGCGCCAUCUGUAGUGUAUUUGUGGAGCUAGGCGCGCGCGAAUUGUCACGGUUCGUUAUAGAUGCAAGUCUGUACGUAGUGUCAUGUAUACACACAUACAUGAAGCUGGUUUGUCGUCGGCAGUAUCGUACGCGCUCUCCGCACAUCACUCUUUGUGGACAGUGUUGCUGUUGUUGCCGCUUUCGUCGUCAUCGUCAGCGGCGUCGGCGUCGCUCACAAUUAGUAUCGCCAUCGUCGGCGUCACCGUCACCGCCGUUAUUAGUGUUGUCGCUGCGACGAUCAUCGUCGCCGUCAUCGCCCGACGGCGCCACAGUCGUCACCAUCA